UUUCAACCCAAUUCUACCGUUUAACACCGUUCUUCGCAGUUACAACGGAAGCGACCAGCGCGGACCUCCAGUUUCAUGUCUGAGUAUCAUAUUAGCUGGAUCGGUCGCGCCUUCUCUUAUGUCUUCCCUGUAACGGCAGACUACGAUGUUACGAGGCCUCAGAUCACUGCGCCAUUAUUCCGCCUCGUGCUUCCUCCAUAUGUCUUCUUCGCGGCGCUUCUGCUGAGACUACACUUUGGGUUGUUGGGGAAGCCUAGGACGACGGCGAAGCGGGCGGAGGUGUGGUUGUGGAUCUUAGCUGUCUUGGCUUUACCGGCUGUUGUUGGCGACUCGGGGAGUAAAGUUGUGAAUGCAACGCUACCAAUGCUUGGCUUCCUAAUCUCGAUGCGCCUGUACGACCUGUACUAUCUUCACCUGGAUGCGCCGGCUACACUACCCCUUCUCUACCUUCAUCUCUUUUCCUUCCCUUUGACCGAUUCGAAAGUCAUCGCAAAACGCCAAGCAACAGGACUGUCACCUCGCUAUCGUGCUUUCCGCAGUCUAUUAACGCACAACCUCGUCGAAUCAAUCGCAGUCGCAUUCAUCAUCCGCUUCGUUCCAUCUCGGGUACAAGAUCUCGACAACCUGUCCUUCAUCCAAGAACGCAUCUCAUACAUUAUCAUCGGUAUCGCAAUCACCCUCAUGAUGGGUGCAAGCAUGGAUGGGUGGUUCAAAUUCUGCCAAUUGGUUAGUGGGAUCGAGAUGAAGGACAUGUUUGAUAACCCUUGGGCUGCGACGAGUCCUAGGGAUUUUUGGAGUCGGAGAUGGAAUUUGGCUAUCAAGGAUUUGUUUCAUGGGGUUAUCUUUUCCAUGGUGUUUGGAGCGCAGAACGAGGAGAAAGAUGAGGUCACGGGGAAGCCGACAACGUACGCGGAUGCUGCGAAAGAACAACCGAAGCCGAAGCCGGCGAUGUGGAAAACAAGUGCAACGGCCAUGCUCAUCUUCCUCUUCUCGGGGUUGAUGCACGUAUACAUCAACUUCUUCGCCUUUUCCACGCUGGACCUAUCGAACCUUGCAUACUUCGUUCUGCAAGGUUUUCUCUGUGUUGGACAGGUCCUUCUGCAAAAGACGGUAUUCCGGUCGUCGAAGUACUGGCCAUGGUGGGUGUGCUUCUUGAUGAACCUCGUUGUGACGUAUGGUAUCAGCAACAAGCUAUUUUCCGGCGUGUUCGUGAAGUAUGGAUAUUUUGAGGAGUUGAAGGGAUGGGUCGGUCUGUUUACUGGAGGUUUGUUGAGGGUGGGUGAAGUGGUUUGGGUUGUGGGAAAGCCCAAGUACGGGUCGACUUGAACGGACAUUCAUUGAGCAAAAGGACAAUCAGGGAACGGACAACUUUGGAGAACACUAGACUCCCUUCUACUAUCAAACAAUGUCAUCGCUUGCAACUCCC